AUGGGAAUGUAUUGUUCUAUGGAUGCAAUUGAGCUCUGUCUUGUUCCAGAUGUGGUUAUACCCCCAAAAUUCAAAGUUUCAGACUUUGAGAAGUAUGAUGGAACCAAGUGCCCGGUCACACACAUCACCAUGUAUUGUAGAAGGAUGGCUUCAUAUGCUCAUGAUGACAAACUCUUGAUACAUUGCUUCCAAGAUAGCCUUACUGGUGCUGCAGUAAAGUGGUACGUCCAGUUGGACCGCAAUCGAAUCUACACGUGGAAAGACCUUACUCGGGCAUUUGUAGCUCAGUAUAAGCAUGUUACAGAUAUGGCUCCGGAUCGCCUUUCUUUACAAAACAUGGAGAAGAAACCCACUGAAAGCUUCAAAGAAUACGCUCAAAGAUGGAGGAAUGUGGCCUCUCAAGUUCAACCACCAUUGACUGAGAAAGAGACCAUUGUAAUGUUUGUUAACACCUUGCGAGCCCCUUACUAUGAACGAUUGGUUGGUAGUGCCACAAAAAACUUUGCUGAUAUGGUGAUUUUAGGAGAAAUGAUAGAAACUGCCAUUAAGCAAGGGAAGAUAGAAAGAGGUGAUACGGCAAACAUGAGGAAAUGGGGAACUUUCAAGAGGAAAGAGGGAGAAGCCCAAGCCAUCACUUCAGGACAACACCAAGGAGGAAUAUACAACCCUUACCAGCCAUACCCAUCAUACCCCUAUUACCCAACUGUGAACAACACUUCACAAAGCCAAUACCUAUACCCACCCAUGCCAAAUGUCUUUCCUAACCUGUACCCAUAUACUCUCAUCCAACGGACACCUUACCCCACAAAUAUUCACCCACCUACUUCCAUACUUGUUACAGCUUCAACCACACAACAAACAACACCUUUAAACAACCAUACUACCGGUGAAUCAAGAGGAUGGCGGAACAAGCAAGAGAAAGUGUAG